CUAGGCGGUGCGGUUUCCUUCGGCAUUUUCUUUGUUUUUUCAUCUCUCGCCCGUUGCCAGUGAUCUCUAUCAUACGGCGGCUGACUAUUUUUUUAAAAACAUUUUUAUGAUGGCGGAGGACAGUGAAUCCGCGGCCAGCCAGCAGAGCCUGGAGCUGGACGACCAGGAUACCUGCGGGAUAGACGGAGACAACGAAGAGGAGAAUGAGCAUAUGCAGGGGAGUCCAGGGGGAGAUUUGGGGGCCAAGAGGAAGAAGAAGAAGCAGAAGAGGAAGAAAGAGAAGCCAAGCUCGGGGGGAGCCAAGUCUGACUCUGCCUCUGACUCUCAGGAGAUCAAGAACCCUGGCUUGCCCAUACAGAAGCUGCAGGACAUCCAAAGAGCCAUGGAGCUGCUGUCCUGCCAGGGUCCUGCUAAGAGCAUCGACGAGGCAGCCAAGCACAAGUACCAGUUCUGGGACACUCAGCCUGUGCCGAAGCUAAAUGAAGUUGUGACGAGUCACGGGCCGAUUGAAGCUGACAAAGAAAACAUCAGACAGGAGCCAUAUUCCUUACCUCAAGGCUUUAUGUGGGACACUCUGGAUCUCAGCAAUGCAGAUGUACUGAAAGAGCUGUACACAUUGUUAAAUGAAAACUAUGUGGAGGACGAUGAUAACAUGUUCAGAUUUGAUUAUUCGCCAAGCUUUCUCAAAUGGGCUCUGCGUCCACCUGGCUGGUUACCACAGUGGCAUUGUGGAGUGAGAGUGUCCUCAAACAAGAAGCUUGUUGGCUUCAUCAGUGCCAUCCCUGCGGAUAUACGCAUCUAUGACACGCUGAAGAGGAUGGUAGAAAUCAACUUCCUGUGUGUCCAUAAGAAGCUGCGUUCAAAGCGUGUCGCUCCUGUGCUAAUCAGAGAGAUCACACGGAGGGUGAACUUAGAAGGAAUAUUUCAGGCAGUAUACACAGCAGGAGUGGUGCUGCCUAAACCUGUGUCCACAUGCAGGUAUACUGUGCAGUAUUCAGACGUGAAACAUACAGAGCAUAGUGUCAGAAAGUCACUUAACUACUUAACUUUUUUUUCUCUGUUUCUUUUAUUUAUCUUUCCUGUGCUCAGGUAUUGGCAUCGUUCUUUGAACCCCAGAAAGCUUGUGGAAGUUAAAUUCUCCCACCUGAGCAGAAACAUGACCCUGCAAAGAACCAUGAAACUCUACAGAUUACCAGAUAGCACCAAGACUGCAGGUUUGCGGCUGAUGGAGAAGCGUGAUGUCCGCCAGGUCACAGAGCUGCUACAGAAAUACCUGAGACGUUUCCAGCUUGCACCUUCUAUGGGGGAAGAGGAGGUGGCUCACUGGUUUUUGCCACAGGACAACAUAAUUGACACAUAUGUAGUAGAGGGUGCCGGUGGUGUACUGACAGAUUUCACUAGUUUCUACACUCUGCCCUCGACUGUGAUGCAUCACCCUCUCCAUAGGAGCCUGAAGGCCGCUUACUCUUUUUACAAUGUUCAUACACAAACCCCGCUACUGGACUUAAUGAAUGAUGCACUGAUCCUGGCUAAACUGAAAGGUUUUGAUGUCUUCAACGCCUUGGAUCUAAUGGAGAAUAAGGUGUUCCUGGAGAAGCUCAAGUUUGGCAUAGGAGAUGGAAACCUGCAGUAUUACCUCUACAACUGGAAGUGUCCUCCUAUGGACCCCGAUAAGGUUGGCCUCGUCCUUCAGUAGCAGGUCUCUCCACAGCUGCUACACAAAAUACUGAUCGAGAGGUUUUCAGCGACCUCUGGCUAUUCCUUACCUGGACAUACAGGUAGCCCAAGCUAGACAAUGAGAACUUGCAACAGUAAAACCAACCUGGUGACCGGGAGGUGGUUCACCCGGCACUUGUUUCAUCAAGAACAUUCUCAGUUCACCUGGAGGUGAAAACUCUUAAAUCAUCAACAUCCUGAAUGUGAAGUCAUGCUAUGCCUGAGAUACUCAUACAGUACAAUGCUCCUGACAUGAACACUCACAUUUAAAACACACCAUUUGACAUUCAAGAGGAUGCCUUGACAUUUGUGAAUUUUGUUUAGCUCUUCCUCAGCAGACACUUUGUUACAAGGGACGGGCGUGUCAUUUAAUUUUACCCACAUGGAAAUAUGUAAAUGAUAAUCAGCAAGUAAACAUGUCCAGAUAUAAUUAGCAACUUAUCUAAUUUUGUUCAUCCUGUCCAAACGAUUAGUUACUGUAUCCCCACUGCAAGGGAUUAAUUAUUAUUCCCAUCUGUUCUCAUAUCAUCGUAUUCUGAAGUGUCUCUGCUGGCUGUUUCUGGGCCUCAGUAGAAUUAGAAAUGCUGACAAGGUGUUUCUUAGCUGAUAUAUAAAAGGAAAAAUCUUUUUUUUUUUUUCCCUCUAGCAUUCUAGAAAAAAAUAUCCUGUCUUUUAAUCAACAACAAAACAUUUUCACAUGUAUAAACACAAACACUGUCAAAUAAUACACACACGCAAACAGGAAGGACUCAUCCAACUGGUGCAUUGAUAUCCAUGUUUUUUUGUUAAAAAUAUAGUUACCUGUAUAUUUAAAGCCAGAUCAUAUUUAUUCCUGUAGUGUGAGUUUGGGGUUUGGGAGGGCUGAUCCAAAGUAUUUUCCUCAUAAGUAGUGUAGGUGUCACUGAGUUUGUUCAGACAGUGUGGGUUCAAGUGGUUUUUGAUGAAGAAUGUAUUGCAUCAAUGAAGCACAAUUUAGCAAAAGGGUCCUUAAAAGGGUCAGUUAGCCCAGAUUUCAAAACGGAUGGGUUGUGGUACAUAGUGUACAACCUGUUUUUUAAUUUUUGUUUGAUUGUUUUUUUUUUAUUUUUUACAAAGGAACUGUUUUCAUGUUAUAAACCUGUUUCUAGAGACGGCCGGUUGGUUGAAAUUGGUUAUAUCAAUCUAUGCUUCUGUAGAUUUUUGUAAUAACAAACACGGUGUACAGUUAAAUGCAUGUCAGUGGUGUGCUGUCGAGUUAACAAGGCUGUUGAAUAAGAGGGGAAAAGUAACCAUAGCUAAAUUAAGUAAGCAAGCAGGGAUGUGAGAGUUAAUGCACCAAAGGCCAGGAAACACACACACACACACAAAAACACCAAUUAAACCAGAGCCAAGUGAAUCUGACUUUCUUUUUGUAAUAAAAUGUUUUCAAAAAUGGUCUAGAGACAGUUUUAUAAUGUAGAAAUAGCUUAGCUGCUUUGAAAGGGUACAUGUCCUCAGUUAAGUCUCAUUUUUGUUUAUUUAGUCAUUGCCACUCAUAUCUCUUGCAGAGAAUUAAUCACAUACAACUUUAAAAAGCCUGUUGCAAAGCAGAAAAUAAUCAGUCCCUGUAAAACUACAAGUACAACACUGUGGUUGUAAGCAUUUCUGGACAUAUAUGUAGGUAAACAUAAAUCCAUUAAAUUGAGCACAACACUCAAAGGGUGUGAAGGAGUCAUUUACAGCAGCAUGCAGAGUACAGUGGCUGAAUCAACAAAAGCCUGUAUCAGUAACCGCAUCAGUUUGAAAUGUGAGCUUUUCCUGUUUUUCCAGGUCUGUUUUUAUUGACUUCUCUCAAUUUGUUUUUUAAUGGUACUGUAUUUUGUGUGUCUGAAAAAUAUACUGUAGGUUAUUUUUUUAGUGUAUUGUGCAGCUAAAUGCGUGAAACUGUUCUGAUAUUUAUAACUGUACUUUGCAAAAUGUCUUAAGACAUAAUUCUUAUCCUUUUUCUUUCCACUAUUUCCCUUAAGAAAAAUUCUUAAAUAGGCGACUUCAAAAACAGAUUUUUGAGGGUUUGGAGUAUUUGGCAGUUCCCUUAGCAGGAGGAGGAUCUUUGAUGAAAAACUCUUGUCAGACCACUUGUUCUGCAGUUGUUUACUCAAAAGGGUCGAAAUGUUUUUAAUGGUCUUUUUGCUCUGAGUUUGUUACUUUAUGUUCGACGUUCCUCUUCACAUGGCUCUGCAUAACUUUUAAAGAGGUAAAGGCUGCUGCCAUAUUUGUCGCUGAUUUUUCUGUAUGUGAUGUAAUUUCCUUCUCAUCCCUUUAUAGAUUAGCAAGAAAAAGAACAACCAAUGGACAGUCAGUGCUUCAGGGUUCAAAGAUGUUUUUUUUUUUUUUUUUAACCAUUGAGAGGUUGAAUGAGUUACAUUCACAUGGACAGAUGUUACCAGGAUUACUUUUACACUGAACAUGGGUUACUGAGUCAAUGGUGUGCCUCAUGGAUGCUGGUUGUCACAGAUGUGUUGCCUGCAGCUGUUUGAAAGAACUUUAUGAGCAUGUCAGUUCUGCUGCCGUGUUGAUUUUAGCGUCAAUGUUACUAGCCACACCCUUUAGUGAGAACUCAACCCGAAGUACCUGCCUUAUUUAAAUUUUUUUUUUUUUUUAAGAAUUUGGGAUGGGGUGAUUGGGGGUGUACUUUUGAAAUGACAUACAGCUUUCUCUAACUGAAGAACAAUAUUUUUAUUCAGAUCCAUUGUAAGCUGUGAAAAAGCUGAAGAACUUGUACCAGCAUCAUUUAGACAUGACCCCAUGCAAAUAACAAUCUGUUUCAACACACACGUCAGCUAUACCAGCAUGGAUGUUUGAUUGAAUAAACUCACUUUAAAAAGGAACAA